AUGCAUGAACACAAAUGGUCCUUGCCAUUAGUCGAACCCACGCGGCAAAUCUACAAGCCUUCUGGUGAAUCUUCGCACGCCGCUGCCGCCGACCCCGUUCUCCGAGAUCUGCAGGCGACGCUUAUCGGCGGUGGUUGCGAGUUGGAUCGUCGUCGUGUGUUCACGAUUCUGUUAGCCGUCGUGCGUGGGUCAGAGUCCGGCGACGUCCGGUGGUCAUAG